AGAUUAAUAAAGAACAAAUAAAUAUGUUAAUUGAAAUGAUUCGACUUUCACGUAAAGUGAAUUGUUGUUGUGGCGUAACACGUAAUCGACAACAAUUAAAGCUAACACCACUUCAUCGAAUGUAUUUUCCAGAUGCACCUUUCUUUCCAAAUUUAAAAAAAUUAUCAAUUAUAUCAAAGGCAAAUCAAUUGCAACAUCUUUCACGAUUACUUGGUUAUGCAGUAUCUGUUGAUUUGCUCUAUCAUGUGGAACAAAUGGAUUUAUUAUGUUUGAAAAUUUUAGUUGGUAAUGUUUGGGCACGACCGACUAAAUUUCGCCUAUUUAGGCAUUUAACAAGAUUUCGACAAUGGACAGAAGCAAAUAUGCUUGGUGAACGUUAUUUUCAACAAUUUGGUACAACACAUAAACGCUUCCGAAGCUUAUCAUAUUGUUUUUAAAAAAUAGCUAAUAAAAUUUGGUCAGUUUUGGUCAGUAUCUGUAUGGUCAAUAUUAUGAUCAAAUAGAAUAUGAACAAUUCGUAUGUGUUCAUCAUCUUUUCGAGUAUUUAUUAUGGGG